AUGUUCAGCUCGCAAUCGAAACGGUCUUAUCAGCAAAUCGACGAUGACUACGAUGAUGAAGUAUUGCGUAACAGCACAUGCACAUCUCGUUUCAUGCAAGGAUGGGGCUCAUCGACACGAUCGAUUUUGUUUGGUGGUGGAGGAACGAAUGAGGAGCAGAGAAGAUUAAUGUCCGGUUCCACCUCCCAACACUCCUAUCACGAUUCCCCUGUGGAAGCGCCGCCGGAAGUACACUACGAGCAGUUCACCGCCACCCAACACCAUGGUCCACCAACAAUGGCCUCCUCCUCUCAAAUGCAUUCUCGUCGAUGGGAUCAUGUUUUGAAUUUAGAUGAAUUUUUUACCCAUAUCUACGAAUAUCAUCAAAAUGGAGGAUAUCUGUGUAUUGUACUACAGAAAGCAUUCAGUUUACUCCAAUUUGUGUUUGUUAUGAGUUUUACCACAUUUUUCACCCAGUGCGUCAAUUACGAAUUCCUGUUUGCCAAUACAAAUGUCACGAGUCAUGGAACAGUUAAUCAGGGAAAACGACAUUUCGGAGAUGCUGUCGUUGAUAAUUGUGCCGGUCAUUUGAGCAUUUGGAUGAUUUUUGCGAUUCUCGCCGCUGUUGUCUACUGGGUCACACGGGUUGUGAAGCACGCUCAAUACAUUAUGAAAAUGACGGAAAUUCAACAAUUUUAUGUGCAAGAAUUGAAGAUUCAAGACGAUCAACUACCGAAUUUGACGUGGCAUGCGAUUGUGAAGAGGAUUUGUGAAGCACAGAAAAAGUUGAGAUUGAGUAUUCAUCAGGAUAAUAUCACAUCGAUUUAUAUCUAUCAUCGGAUUCUUCGCUAUAAAAAUUAUAUGACUGGAAUGAUUAAUAAGCGAAUCCUCCACCCAGUCUUCGAAGUCCCGUUCCUCGGACCCAUUGCUUAUCUCCCCAACAAUUUGAAGCAUGAAAUCGAGCGAAUUCUUUUUACAAGUUCUACGUCAGCAUGGACGAACGGACCAAACCUCCGUGAUGAAUAUAAACAUCACGAACAUUUGGAAAUGGCGGCGAAGAAAAUGAAGGAGGACUGCAAAUUCUAUGGGUUCCUCUCAUUGAUUCUGAUGCCUCUUUUGUUGCCUUUCCAAAUGAUGGAAUCAUUCUUCUCACUGACUGAAUUGAUUAAAAGAAGACCCGAUGGACUUGGAAUGAGAAGAUACAGUAACUACGGAAGAUAUCUUGUUCGCCAUUUCAAUGAGCUCGAUCAUGAACUCUCCGCUCGCUUGAAUCGCUCUCAUAUCUAUGCGGCCGCUUACAUGGAUCAAUUCUUCUCUCCAGUUCUGGAAAUCGUAGCCAAAAAUGUCACGUUCGCUGCAGCUGCCAUUGUUGGAAUACUCACAAUUCUGUCAGCUUGGGAUGAAGAUGUUCUUCAAGUAGAGCAUGUGAUCACUGUAAUUACAGUAUGCGGAAUUAUAGUUCUCAUUUGUCGUGGAAUGAUUCCCGAUGAGAAUCUCGUCUGGCAACCAGAAAUUCUCAUGACUCACGUAACAUCUGAACUCCAUUAUCUACCAUCCACGUGGAAAGGAAAAGCUCACACGGCAGGAGUCCGACACGAAUUCGAUCAGUUGUUCCAGAUGAAAUGGAUGUUUUUUGUGCUCGAACUCACUUCUCCAAUCUUCACUCCAUUCGUUCUACUAUUCUGGAUGAGACCUAGAUGUACACAACUUGCGAAUUUCUUCCACGACUACACAGAACGUGUCGAUGGAUUAGGAGAUGUAUGCAGUUUCGCGGUGAUGGAUGUUGGAAAGCAUGGAGAUCCAAAAUGGAAUCAUAUCAAGGAGUUGAAGGCAAUCGAUGAAGAUUCAGAAGAACAACCGGGUCCAGCUGUCGUCACAUCUCAUAACAGGGCAAGAGACGGGAAAACUGAACUCUCUGUUCUCCACUUCAAAACCACUAAUCCUGAAUGGCAACCACCAAAAGCGUCGGAAAGAUUCUUGCGGAAGUUCAGAAAUCGUUUGGGACAAGAAGCGUCCAUGUUGGCACCACUUGGUUCAAUGCAUCUCGGACAACAUUUGGAGAGACAGGACUCACAACAACCAACCAGAAAUAUCCUUCUCGAAUCAGUACAUUCUAUUGUUCCAACAACUUCUGGAGGUGUUUCAGCUUCACAAAUCGCUCCAGGACGUCAUCCACUCAUUGGAGAAGGACUUCAUCGUAUUGACGGACCACUCGAGAAUGCGUUCCAAGGAAUUACAGGGAAGCAGAGUGGUGGAGUACUUGCAAGUCUCUAUCAAGAACAACCACGGGCCGCAGAGUCAUUGAAUAACAGUUUGAGAGCAAGCGGAGUGGAUAUUGAUGGAGCCGGUGCUGAAAUGAGAAUCAAUGCAUUGUUCUUAAGAGGACUCCAUGAUGAAAGUGUUAUUCAAAGUUCUUCCCGCCACUAUGGAAACGCCACAUCAAGCUUCAAUAUGCACCCAACAGCCAUGCAGAGUGUAUUCGCAAUGCCAGAUGGAUUCGGGCAGCUCCCAGAAAUGGAAUCUUCACUAAUCAACGUGGAAACUCCAACUUAUCGACGAGAAUCCACUCAAAGAUCUGUUGCUGAGGAGCCAGUCGAUGUGCAUGAAGCUCCACAACCACUGGCAGAUCUUUCUGAUCUACCAGGAACGUCUUCUGCUCCAUUGAUUGAUCAUCCACAACGAUCGACGAGACGGGCGCCGCCAGAUACUCACCAUCAACAGAUCAAUGAAGUCGAUGAGGAAGACGAGGACGAGGACAACACUCCACCACUUAGUUUCAGCACCUAA